GCUUGUGCGUCGUGGCUGACGGACAGUGCGGUCGCGUAGCGAAUACGAUCUCGCUAAUCCGGUUUCAAUAAGUGUUGUAAACAAAUUUUAAUCAUUUUAAAAACCAGUUUUUCAUCUCCAGUUUUGUUGUGCAAAGAUCAAUCAUGCAGAACGAUGGGCUACCGCUGUAUCCUUCCGAUUUCAAUACCCAAGUGCAGAUUAAAAAGUUUCACCAGAAAAGCGACCCGUCCAUUACAGUAGCGCAGCCGUUGGUGGAGCCCAUGCCGCAUGUGCCCCCGAAGCCUCUGCUGGGGCCUGCGAAUACGGUGACGACUUGCCAGUUCUGCCACGCCUCCAUCAAGACUGCCGUCAAGUACACCACUACUGCGCGCACGCACAUGGCCGCGGCUCUCUGUGGCUUAUUGUGUUGCCUGUGCUGCGUUCCGUAUGGUUCUGAUUCAGCAAAAAACACCGACCACUAUUGUCCCAACUGCGAGAGAUACCUCGGCACAUACGUCAAGUAAUUACAACGAUGUGAAAUAGGAGUCACAUUUUACAUACAUUUAUUUUUUUAUUGUUACGCUUAAGAUACAGAUGCCUUAUAUUAUAUUAAAAAUAUCUUUAUUUUAGUAAUAAAUCGAUAAGA